AUGGCCUCCUCCGCGCAGAGCGGCGGCUCCUCCGGGGGACCCGCGGUCCCCACCGUGCAACGGGGCAUCGUCAAGAUGGUGCUCUCAGGGUGCGCCAUCAUUGUCCGCGGACAGCCUCGUGGGGGGCCUCCUCCUGAGAGGCAGAUCAACCUUAGUAACAUUCGCGCUGGAAACCUUGCCCGCAGGGCAGCUGCCACACAACCCGAUGCAAAAGACACCCCGGACGAGCCCUGGGCGUUUCCUGCUCGAGAGUUCCUUCGGAAGAAGCUGAUUGGGAAAGAAGUAUGCUUCACGAUAGAAAACAAGACUCCGCAGGGGCGAGAGUAUGGCAUGAUCUACCUUGGAAAAGAUACCAAUGGGGAAAACAUUGCAGAAUCGCUGGUUGCAGAGGGCUUGGCCACCCGGAGAGAAGGCAUGAGAGCUAACAAUCCUGAGCAGAACCGCCUUGCGGAAUGUGAGGAGCAAGCCAAAGCAGCUAAGAAAGGGAUGUGGAGUGAGGGGAACGGUUCACAUACUAUCCGGGACCUCAAGUAUACCAUUGAGAACCCAAGGCACUUCGUGGACUCCCACCACCAGAAACCUGUCAACGCUAUCAUCGAGCACGUGCGGGACGGCAGUGUGGUCAGGGCCCUGCUCCUGCCAGAUUACUACCUGGUCACGGUCAUGCUGUCAGGGAUCAAGUGCCCAACUUUUCGACGGGAAGCAGAUGGAAGUGAAACACCAGAGCCUUUUGCUGCAGAAGCCAAAUUUUUUACUGAGUCUAGACUGCUUCAAAGAGAUGUCCAGAUCAUCCUGGAGAGCUGCCACAACCAGAACAUUCUGGGUACAAUCCUGCACCCGAACGGCAACAUCACAGAGCUUCUCCUGAAGGAAGGUUUUGCCCGCUGUGUGGAUUGGUCUAUUGCAGUCUACACACGGGGCGCAGAAAAGCUGAGGGCAGCUGAGAGGUUUGCCAAGGAGCGCAGGCUGAGAAUAUGGAGAGACUAUGUGGCUCCCACUGCUAAUUUGGACCAAAAGGACAAACAGUUUGUUGCCAAGGUGAUGCAGGUGCUGAAUGCUGACGCCAUUGUCGUGAAGCUGAACUCCGGGGACUACAAGACCAUCCACCUGUCCAGCAUCAGACCACCGAGACUGGAGGGGGAGAAUACACAGGAUAAGAACAAGAAACUCCGUCCCCUCUAUGACAUUCCGUACAUGUUUGAAGCCCGGGAAUUUCUGCGGAAGAAGCUCAUUGGGAAGAAGGUCAAUGUGACUGUGGACUACAUUAGACCAGCCAGCCCAGCCACAGAUACGGUGCCUGCCUUUUCAGAGCGUACCUGUGCCACCGUCACCAUUGGAGGAAUAAACAUUGCCGAGGCCCUUGUCAGCAAAGGUCUAGCCACAGUGAUCAGAUACCGGCAGGAUGACGAUCAGCGGUCCUCUCACUAUGAUGAACUGCUUGCCGCUGAGGCCAGAGCUAUUAAGAAUGGCAAAGGAUUGCAUAGCAAGAAGGAAGUGCCUAUCCACCGGGUCGCAGACAUAUCUGGGGACACCCAAAAAGCAAAGCAGUUUCUGCCCUUCCUUCAGCGGGCAGGUCGUUCUGAAGCUGUGGUGGAGUAUGUGUUCAGUGGUUCUCGUCUCAAGCUGUAUUUGCCAAAGGAAACUUGCCUUAUCACCUUCUUGCUUGCGGGUAUCGAAUGCCCCAGAGGAGCCCGGAACCUCCCAGGCUUGGUGCAGGAAGGGGAGCCAUUCAGUGAGGAGGCAACACUUUUCACCAAGGAGCUGGUGCUGCAGCGAGAGGUAGAACGUCUUCCAGUUGCUUCUUGGAUGAGGAGGGCAGAGGGA